CACUUCCGGGCCCGCCCCUUUCCUUGACGUCAUUUCCUGCCGCCCCCACCGGAGUGGCGCGUGCCCGACGCCGUUGCCAUGGCAGCGGUCGGGGCGCCGGGUUAGGGUUGGCUGGGGUUCCCCAGAGCUGCGGGCGCGCCGGGGGCAGUUCCAUGAGCCGAUCCGACGCAGGGGCCGAGGCUGCGACACCAGAGACCGGAGCCCUGAGGAUGGCUCACCUGCUGGGCAGCCAGGCCUGCAUGGACAGCCUGCGCAAGGACCUCACCGACCUGCAGGGCACCAUCGUAGACGUCUUUUCCCGAGCUGGACCUGUGCGCUUUCCCUCCUGGAAGUUUCCGGACCAUGUGGCUUGCGACCUGGACAUGGUGGCCCUGCUAGAGCACUAUGACCACGUGCCGGGGGACCCGGAGUUCACACAGCUGUCUCACGCCGUGCUCUUGGAGCUGGUCAUUGACAGGCUCCUGCUGCUGCUUCAGAGCUGUGCCAGCUACUUGGAGACCCUCAGUUCGGAGCAGACAGUGCCCCCUGCCAGGGCUGUGGGGCCCUGCAUGUCCGUGGGGCUCACGGUACGGUGCUUCUGGAACAGCCUGCUGAAGCUGGGCAUGCUCUACCAGCAGAUGCUCCCCCAGAAAAGGGCAGCCCAAGGGGAGACCCCCAUCUGCAAGCCCACAGCCAAGGGCGAGCCCACCAGGAGUCCCGAGUUUGUGACCGCCAAGUUCAUCAAGCCCCCCUCCCCAAUUCCAGGCCUGCCCCAGACCUGCAAAGAACCCGGCAGCCUCUCCGUGCGCGUCUCCCUGCACUCUCCCGCCAGGACCACGGAGAGCACCCGGAGCGUCCCCUCGCAGACCGUGGAGACCGCCCUGGUGCCCUGCGACGCCUGCGCCAGCGUGCAGGGCAGCCUGCGGGAGGUGGGCAGGGCGCUCAUCGGCCUGUGUCAGAGCCAGAACCUGCCCUCGUCCUUAGGCCACUUUCAGCAGCUGGUGCAGGACACCAUGGGGCUCAAGCCACUGCCGGCUGCCACUGUGGGCCACUGGGCGGCAGAACAGAGCAGAGACCUGGCCCGCCUCAGCAAGCACGUGGGCGCCCUCGCGCAGCUGGUGGGGCCCCUGCGGGCCCAGCUGGAGGAGGCUGAGGCGCAGAAGGGCGGGCUGAGGGAGCAGGUGGGCCAGCUGGAGCAGGCGCUGCAGCAGGAGCAGAGGCAGCGGCGGUGGCAGGCGAACGAGGCCCAGCAGCAGCUGGCCCAGUGGGAGCAGGACAAGCAGCAACUGCUCGCAGAAACAAGUGAGCUCAAGAGGAAGGUGGCCGCCCUGGAGAGGGAGCUGAAGCAGCAGCAGGAGUCCACACAGGCCGUGGAGGCAAAGGCCCAGCAGCUGCAGGAGGAGGCCGAGCGCAGGCUGGAGGCCGAGAGGCAGGUGCAGCAGCUGGAGGAGCAGGUGCAGCUGCUGGCCGGGAGGCUGGACGGGGCCAGCCAGCAGAUUCGCUGGGCCAGCACAGAGCUGGACAAGGAGAAGGCCCGCGUCGACAGCAUGGUCCGCCACCAGGAGUCCCUACAGGCCAAGCAGCGAGCCCUGCUGCAGCAGCUGGACAGCCUGGACCAGGAGCGCGAGGAGCUGCGGGGCAGCCUGGACGAGGCCGAGGCCCAGCGGGCCCACAUGGAGGAGCAGCUGCAGAGCCUGCAGAGCGAGAGGGAGCAGGGCCAGUGCCAGCUCCAGGCCCAGCAGGAGCUGCUGCAGAGCCUGAACGGGGAGAAGCAAGGCCUGGAGCAGGCGGCGACAGAUCUGCAGCUGACCAUCUCGGGGCUGGAACGGGAGCUCGAGGCGCUGAGGGAGCGGGAGCGGCUGCUGGUGGCCUUCCCGGACCUGCACAGGCCCGUCGAGACCCAGAUCCAAAGCUCCGGCAACGUCAUGGACGACAUGGAGAGGCAGGUGCAGGCCAACGACAUCCGCAUCCGGGUCCUGCAGGAGGACAACGGGCGGCUCCAGGCCAUGCUGUCCAAGAUUCGGGAGGUGGCCCAGCAGGGGGGCCUCAAGCUGAUCCCGCAGGACCAGCUCUGGGCCCGUUCCAGCCAGGGAAUCCAGGGAGCAGCACCCCCCGUCCAGGCCCAGAGAGUGUCCUCAGGGCUGCUGGGCAGGUGGCACUCACCUGGCAGCAGGGCAGCCAGCGCGGGCAGGAUCCUGCCGGGCCCGCGCCGGGCGUCGCCAUCUCCGCAGUCCUGCGGCCGAUCCAGCAAGUCCCCCCUGGAGGAUGUGACCUACUCCACCACCUGUGCCCAGAACCCCAUCCAGGUCUUGGCCAGGCUGAGGAGGAGAAUGUCACCGAGCCGGGGGCCGGCCAGCCCUGCACACCAGCUCCAGGAGCCGCCCAUGUAGCCUGCAGUGGGUGGGGCUAAAGGACGGGUAGCUGGCAACCCCCCCAACGUAAUAAAGCCACACCAUCUACCCACAGCGACCUGGGGCUCACAGCACUGUCUGAGCCGGGGCAGAGCCUUCCUUCCCCGUCCUGGGCAGGGACCACCGAGUCCCCCGCCAUGGAGAUCAGCGCCAGCAGAGGCCGGGUGCACCGUGGGACCUCAGUGAAGGGAGCUCCCGACAGGCAGUGGGAGAAGAGGGCUCACCGAGGGCAGAAAGAAGCUCCUGGCACCCGGGCCAGGUGACAGGCAGUCGUUUGACCCCCAUACCAAGGGCCAAAGGGGGCGCAGUGACACCCCAGAAAAGGGCAGAGUCAGUGGAGGGGGUGUGCAGGAUGGAGAGCAGCUGGAGGUGGGUCCACUGGGGGUACGUGAGCUAAGAAAGGAGUCUGAGGCUGGGGUCCCUGCUCUGGACUCGGCAGGGGGCAGUGAUGCCUUCCCUAGCCCCAGGUCUGAACUUGGGGCCUCCCAGCCUGGCUCUGAGGACAUUCAGGACCCCUUUCUUUGAGGAGUCCCUUCAGGAAAUGUAAGUCACAAAGGGUUUCUCUAAAGCCAGGAGACUGGAUCCCCAGGAGGCCACUGAAAGCUGGGCAGGGCCCCACCCAGCCAGAGAUCGGGGCCUCCAGCCAGCCCUGGCUCUCCCAGGCCUAACCCUCACAGCCCGGCACUGGUGCCAGCAGCCAGGCCAGGCCCAUUGCAGUCCAAUUUCCUCAGGGCCUCCAGCCUGCCCUGAGCCACGACGGUGAGGGACAGGCCCUGAGACCUGAGGGCUUAGGGUGGGUGCCCCCAGCUCCCUGACAUUUUCCCCGGUGAGGAGGCCAACAGGUGGAGCAC